CAGCUACCCACAAUCCACCCGUGACGCAUGCGCGUUACGCUUCGCGGCCCAAAAGGCGUUGCUGCUGGCUUAGUGUCCGUCCGAAAGAUGCGUCGCACCCCGGCAGCAUCAGUAUCACCUCCGCGGUGUUAACUCCCGGAACGCGGGACCGGAACCAGAAGAGAAACCGGCGUCGCUCUUUUGCGACUCGACGGGGCCAGUAGUGGAGGCAUUAGUCCGGGAUAGCCGAGAUGGGAGACCAGAAGGUCAGGAACGGGCGGCCUCUCCCAACAUGGACGCAGUCUUCAACAGUGACUGUCUACCCGGUUUUUAGAUGCUACAUUGACGGGGACACGUCAUGUUUGUUGCUGCUAGGUUUUUUUUCAAUAUUUUUCUUCGGCUUGUCGUUGAAUGCGGUUGCUCCACUUCAAUGGCUGCUCAGCUGCAUGAUUAAAUUAUGAAUGCGCAUCCUUCCGGCCGUGAAGUGGCCUCCUCGGUGCUCAGGUCAGGCGACGUCAGCCAAUCAGGACAAAGAAUAUCCAUCACAUGGCCGAAGGAGCCUCCAAGGCAACGUGACUCACCUAAACGCGUCAAGAGUCGUUGCGUAAAAUCACCCACACGCUGGCCACCAAGAAUGAAGAGAUCUCAAAUUUCGUCUGCAGUCUCAAACAGAGCCUGGACAACCUGGAGGCCAACUCUACCCGAGUACAGGAGGACCUGGAGUCUGAGUUCAACUCCCUCCACUCGGUUCUGGAUGAGAUGAAGGAGAACAUGUUGACACGCAUUAAACAGGAACGAGCCAGCCGCACAUACGAGCUGCAGAGUCAGCUGAGCGCCUGCUCCAAAGCGCUGGAGAGUUCGGAGGAGCUGCUGGAGCUGGCCAAUCAGACGCUUUGCUCCUCCGGAACGGACGGCUUCACACAGGCGGCCAAAGACAUUAAGGAUAGCGUGACGAUGGCUCCAGCCUUCCGCCUCUCCCUGAAGGCCAAGGCCAGUGACAACAUGAGCCAUUUGAUGGUGGACUUCAGCCAGGAGAAGGCCCUGCUGCAGGGUCUCAAAUUUCUUCCAGUUCCUGCCACGCCAGAGAUCCAGCUGUCCGAGUGCCAGGUGUGUGACAACACUGUGACAGUCGUCUGGACACUAGCGGAGCCCGACAGCAAAAUAGACCACUACAUUUUGGAGCAUCGGCGUACCAACCACGAGGGUCUGCCACGCAUCAGAGAGGACUAUCCCUGGAUGGUUGUGGAGGGCAUCCGGGAGAUGGAGCACACGCUCACAGGUCUGCGCUUUGACACCCGCUUCAUGACGUUCAGGGUGAGGGCAUGUAACAAGGCUGUGGCGGGAGAUUUCUCAGAGCCCGUUACGCUGGAAACCCACGCCUUCACCUUUAAACUGGACUCGGCCUCGGCCCACCAGAACUUGAAGAUAGAGGACCUGAACGUGGAGUGGGAUGGCACCGGUGGAAAGAUCCAGGAUAUUCGCAAAGAGAAGACCCGAACCAACUCGCCCAUGCAGUCUCCAGCCAGGUCGGCGCUGAUGUCGCCAAAGCGAGCCCCGACGGCCCGGCCCAACAGAGACCGCUUCACAGCAGAGUCCUACACGGUGCUGGCUGACACAGCCAUAGACGCCGGCCAGCAAUACUGGGAGGUGCGCUUCGACAAAGAGAGUAAGGCUUUCGCCGUGGGCGUGGCCGUGCGGAGCCUGGGCCGCUUCGACCAGCUGGGGAAAAGCAGUGCCUCCUGGUGCAUCCAUCUGAACAACUGGCUCCAGCAGAGUCUCACCGCCAAGCACAACAACAAGGCCCGUACGCUAGACUGCCCCAUCCCGAGCAGUAUAGGAGUCUACUGUAACUACGAUGAAGGCGUGCUGUCCUUCUUCAACGCCAAAACCAAGCAGCUGAUGCACACCUUCAGGACCAAGUUCCAGCAGCCGCUCAUCCCGGCGUUCAUGGUGUGGAACGGGAGCUUCUCGGUGGUGACGGGCCUGCAGGUCCCGAGCGUGGUGCAGAGCGGUCAGAGGAAGAACAGCGGCACCAGCAGCUCCAAUGCCAGCCUCACCUAGACCGUCCGUCCCUCACUCCUCCAGCCCACCAUCAACGCCCCCCUGCAUGACUGCAGUCGCCGGCGGUGUUAUUCAGCCGUCCCUCGACCCGCCACGGCAGAAGAGUUGGCAUCGACAUGCCGCACCCACGCCUCACAGGCGCUUUCUUUGCUCUUCUUGCAGGUCCAAGUCCGUCCCAUGAUUUAGCGCUGGCCGCUGCCCUUUUUCGUAAAGCCCUCCGUCGCUCUCUCCCUGUGCCUUUCUUCUCAUUUCCACAUCGCCGCUGAGAGAGAGAGAUGCCCCUCCCCAUUUCACGUUAAAGCAUUUGUCAAUGUUUCUUGUGUUAAUAGUAACGCGUAGCUUAUUGUUACUUACGCGCCUAGUCUUAUUUAAUCCAAAUUAAAAACACGCUAACGGA